AUGCCCAACGAUCAAAAAGAGAGCGAAGGUUCGUCCGUGCGGGCUGAAGUUGGCCAAACUUCAGGUGAUAGUGGAGGCAACUCAGCAGCCGUUGAUCAAGUCUUUUCCAUGUUUAAGGAUUUUCUUGAGAAAAAAUUAGAAGAUAAAGGAAAGCAAAUCGAACAAAGGAGUAAGUUAGAUAAAGAAGUUGUACAGCUAAAGUUCAAAGGUAACCAGAAACAAUUUGAGCUUAAUGCCGAAUUAAAUGCCAUUUUUGAAAGCAUUGAAACUGAAAGUGAAAGCAUCGAGCCAAAUUUGUCGCAGAUCAAGAAACUUUCCCAAGAAGGCAGGCAACGUAUUCGAAAGCGACAGAAGCUGAUAAAAAUCGCUGAUAAAAGUAGGGACGGCUGGCAGGUUGUAGCCGAGUACGAGUCGGACGAGCUUGCAUCCGGCUCCGAAGAUGAAAAGCGUCUUAAGAAGGCAAGAGAAGCGGCGAGCCGCAAGAGACGUCAAAAGGAACAACUCUCCAGCGAUCGUGGAAAGAAACCAAGAAUUGCUAUGGGCGCUGAUAAUCAGCUUUUUCGUGGUAAGAAAAAGGAGCCUCCUCUUUACUUUGUAUAUUCAUAUGUGUUUUGGAUCUGCUUGCGCAUCCUACCAUAUUUCUCGUGUGAUUUGUUUGAAUUAAGGGAAUUUAAGGGUAAAAUGAUUUACGUUCGUUUGAGCGAAGCGAAUUAGAACGUAAAUGUAUUUUCCGCUGUUAUUCCAAGUAAUUAGUCGCAGUUGUUCUCGUUUCACACCUGCCGCACCCACUAUUGUGCAUUCUGUUUUGCAUUGAUGUCCUGAUUGGCCAGUUAUUAGUAUUUAUACUCUACGUUGUCUCUUGAGUACCAUUCACCCUCGCGGUUCCAUACAGUUUAUUCAUCUUUCUGGUUUACGCCCCCCCCCCCCGUUUAUUACAGGUUUCGUCAUUGCUGUUAUCUUUCAGGCCGUAGAGACGCUUCUGGCGACUUCUUUCGCUGUUUCAAAUGCGGCAAAUUUGGACACUGGGCCAAGGACUGUAGAUCCAUGUUCUGACCGGGAAGUUACCAGUCUCCUAGCUACAAUUCUUGCCCUGGAAUCUCCUACAACAAGCCAACCGCAGGCCAAUCAACUCAACCAAAGCAAUGA